GGAGGACCAGCCUCAGUUAAAGCUGUGUAUGCAUACCGGCGAAUUCGUUAGCAAAUCGCGAGAAAAAUUUAAGCUGAAAGAUCAGCGUGCACUUCGCGAGUAACAUAAGUACACGUGCCUCAUACAAGUUCUUUCUCGAUCAGACUCUGUGCUCUAAAUCCUCACGUAUUGCUUGCUCGUUUCUUAAAUUACAUAUCGGAGAUAAUUAAUUUUUUAUUGAUAUUUCUCUAGUUAAGGAAUAAAGUUCAAGUCGAGUCGACGUUUUUGUUCUUUUUUUUUUUCAAGAUGAAGUUAUGAACUCGUUUUCCAAAAGAAAAUCUGUUCACGAGAUGGAAUCGGACCGAUCUUGAUACCUUUACGCUUGAUAAUAAUCGCAGAAAAGGAAGACAAAAAGGAUUCGAAAAUGCCAGCUUGCACCAGCGAAAACGUUUCGAGGUAUUGGUCUUCGAGUCCGCCGAUUUCCAGGAGCAAUAGCGUGUCUCCCCCGAUACCAAGUUCACCACUGUCUGCCUCACCUCCCUUGAUAUCGCCGAUAUCGACUUUAAAACGAUCUAUGUCGAGCGUUUCUAAUCAUUCCAAUGUAUCAAACAUCUCCCAAUCGUCGCACAACUCGGGCACAUCUACUGUGAUAUUUUCACCGAGACGACAGCAGCAACAUCAACAGCAACAGUUACAAUUAAGCUCCCAGCCUCGGUCAACACAAGGACAGAAUCACAAUCGAAACGAUUCGUUGUUGCUAAGAAUUUUCUCCGUCUAUAUAGACGCAUUGUACGGAGCACUUCAAAGUAUCAUCAGUCUGACAAGUUAUGCGAUCUGGGCGCCAGCGCUUUGCGCGUCUAUUUGGAUUUAUAUACUAUGGCUAAUUUUCCAAUUUCCCUUGACCACUUUCAAGUGGUUCCUGACCGUGCUCUAUACGCCGACUUCGGAGAGGAUUCGUACCAAACGCUGUGUUCUUAUCAGCGGUGGAAGCACGGUACAAGCGGUUCAUCUGGCGCGAAACUUCUACAGGGCAGGGGCCAGGGUGGUGGUUUGCGAGUUGGAAGGUUCGUUCAGCUUGGCCAAGUUUUCGACUGCGUGCUCUAAGUUCUACACGAUUCCAAAACCAGGACCCGAGAAUGUGAUCGAGUACAUCAAAGCUUUGAAGGACAUCGUUCGAAAAGAGAAGGCUGUCUAUUAUAUUCCGGUGAGUGCUAGUAAUACAGCCUACUACGAUGCUCUGGCGAAACCUUAUCUAGAAGUAAUGGGUUGUGAGUGUUUCGUGCCCGGUGCCAGUGAAGUGACAUCCCUGGAUGAUCCCCUAGAACUAUUGCAAAGAUGUCAAACGCUGGGUUUAUCGACUCCCUGCCAUGCUGUCUUACGCUCCGUGCAAGAUGUCACGAGAAUGUACGAACAGAAUGCGUUUUCUACUGGUAGAUACUUGAUAUUGGCCGCAGGUCCGGCCGGGAUGAGAGAUCGAGGCAAGAUAAUUCUGCCGCCGACCAUAAGGGAGUUCAGAAAUCAGCAGUACGAGAUCAAUGAGAAUAAACCUUGGCUAGUAAUACGUGAUCCAAGCGGUAAACAUUAUAUCACUUGUACUACGGUGAAAGAGUCGAAGAUCGUGGCCAACGUGACUUGCUUCGUUGACGAGGAACGAGGCUUGAUACCUGAAGAACAUCCGGAAAUAGUGCAGUGGCUUGACAGAUAUUUCGCUCACUCGUUCAACGUUAGAAUCAACGGACAUUUGAGCUUUAGAUUCGCAGUAACAGAGGAAGGAGAAUUAGUACCAAUUGGCUGUCGAGUAGGUGUUAGCUUGCCGUACAUCUGUCACACGGGGAUCCAUCCCCGGCUGGUAUGGAAACCUUGUCGACACUUCUCUAGACAGAAUUCGGGAAUCCUCCUGACUAUGUCAGACAGGCAUUUGUUAUCGGACACAGUGUCUUGUGCACUGAAACGACCAAUAGGAGAAACCGAUCCUCAUCUGUUAGGCACCGUGCUCGACAAACGGGAAGCUCUCUUCGCUUAUUGGGAUCCAUUGCCAUAUUGCGCUUACUCUCAUCUUCAAUUGCCAUUCAGGCGUUUGGCGCGUGUAAUUCGAGCACAGCCGGUACAGCAUAAUCCACCAUUGGCGUUGCGCAAACGGAGUCAGAGCGAAAGAAAACAGAAUGGAAUGGUUGAGAAGCAAGAUUUGAAUGAUUUGAAGGAGAUUUUACAAGGUUAGCCAGUAUUCGGAGCAUUCCUGCGAUUGAAAAUUAUGAAAAUGGAAAGAAACAAUAAAAUGAAAAAAAAAAAAAAAA